AUUGGCUUUUUGGGAGGGGCCAAGGCAAGGCAAGGCUGUAGUUCUAUGGACUAGGCUGGUGGAGCUUAGACUGCCUAGGAGCUUCUUUUGCUGAGCUCCUGCCUGCACUCGGCCUGUUCCUCAUUACCUACCUGCUUGAAAACUCUUGCAGCUACCGAGCGAUUGUCUACAAGGUGCAGAACCGUCACUCUGAAUUAAUCUCAGCCUUCAGUCUCUGGCACGCGACUAACAGACUCUGAAGUGUCCAGCCAGUCGGGUCUGUAACUCAAGCUGUUUGGGGUUUUUUAUCAGAGCUUGAAUAUACGCCAUGGAUGACUUUGAACGUCGCAGGGAGCUUAGAAGGCAGAAACGAGAGGAGAUGCGCCAGGAAGCGGAGAGAUUAGCCUAUCAAAGGACUGAUGAAGAUGAGGAAGAAGCUGCCAGAGAACGCCGCCGGCGGGCCCGACAGGAAAGACUGCGGCAAAAGGAAGAGGAGGACUUCACAGGGCAAGUGAUAGAGAAGCCUGAAGUCAAUGCCCAGAACAACAUUGCAGAAGAAGAGACCAAAAGCACUGUGACAACGGUUACCACAAACACUCAAGGGGAUGGAGAUGACGAUGCUGUUUUCUUGGAGAGACUGGCAAGGCGAGAAGAAAGGCGUCAGAAACGACUCCAAGAAGCCCUGGAACGCCAAAAGGAAUUCGACCCAACCAUUACUGACGAGAGCCUGGCCUUCUCAAGCCAAAAAGAGAUGAACAACGUGGAAGAAAAUGAGACCUUGGGGCAAGAGGAAAAAGCCGAAACCCACAGAAGACGCUAUGAGGCUGAGGAAACUGAAACCAUCACCAAGUCGUAUCAGAGGAAUAACUUGAGGCAAGACGAGGAAGAUGAGAAGAAGGAUGAAGAGGACAAGGAGGAGGCACAGGAGGAGAAGCCAAAGCCAAGAACCAUAGAGGAUAAUCAGGUAGAAGUAACGUUAAGCACAAAGGAGGAGGCUGUGGUACUGGCAGUAAAACAUCCUGAGGUAAAUGAAGAGGAACAAGAAGUAGAGAAUGACUCCAGUGCGCUAGCAGGAGAGGAACAAAUAGGGAGUGAAGAGGCCAUAAACAUUACAGUAACCCUAGAUAAAAAGAAAAAUGAAGAGGAGGAGGAGGAGGCAGAAGCAGAAAGGAAAAGAUUAGAGGAGGCAGAAGCAGAAAGGAAAAGAUUAAAGGAGAAGGAAAGGCUUGAGAGGGAGGAAAGGGAGAGAGCUAAAGCCGAGGAGGAAAGGAGGGCGGAGGAGGAGAGAGAGAGGCUUGAGGCAGAGAAGAGGGCAGCUGAAGAGAAAGCGAGGCUAGAAGCCGAGGAGAGGGAGAGGAUCAGAGCUGAGGAGGAAAAAAAGAGAAUUGAAGCAGAGGAGAAAAGAGCAGCCCAGGAGAAAGAAAGACGUGAAGCUGAGGAGAGGGAGAGGAUUAAGGCUGCGGAGAAGAAAGCAGCUGAAGAAAGAGAGAGGGCCAAGGAGAAGGAGAAGAGGGAGGCAGAGGAACGGGAGAAAGCCAAGGCUGAGGCUAAGAGGGCAGCUGAAGAAAAGGCUAAGCUGGAAGAGGAGAGGUUGAAGGCCAAGCAAAAGGCUGAGGAGAAAAAGGUAGACGAUAAGCAGCUGAAAGGCAAGAAGGGAGAAGAGAAGAAAAUAGAAGACAAGCAGGUAAAAGAGAAGAAAGAUUCAGAGGAAAAACUCCCAGCAGCUUUCCUGAGAAAACAGGGGGAAGAGAAAAAAGAAAAGCUUCAAGAUGAAAAGCUCCGGCCGGCCUUCAAAAAGGAGGAGCAGAUCAAAGACAGCAAGGCCAGCAGAGACAAAGCACCAAAAGAAGAGGCAAAGGGUAUCUGGGAUCGCAAGAAGGGAAUUCCUGACUCAAAGCCACAGAAUGGCGAGCGGUUUCAGGAACUCCCCGCCCAUAAACUUAAGCACACAGAGAAUGCUUUUAGCCGCUCCGGUCUCAAAAUGACCCCGGGUGCUGAGGAAGCCAAGCCGUUGUCCCACGUGGAGGCUGGCAAACGAGUGGAAGAGCUGCGCCGUCGCCGGGGCGAGAACGAGAGCGAGGAGUUUGAGAAGCUGAAGCAGAAGCAGCAGGAAGCCACUGUGGAGCUGGAGGGACUGAAGAAGAAGCGCGAAGAGCGCCGGAAGGUUCUGGAAGAAGAGGAGCAGAGGAGGAAGAAAGAGGAGGCCGAGAGAAAAGCUCGGGAGGAGGAAGAGAAGAGGCGGCUGAAGGAAGAAAUUGAGAGGCGAAGGGCAGAAGCUGCCGAGAAACGCCAGAAGAUGCCGGAGGAUGCUCAGACGGAUGAGAAGAAGCCGUUUAAAUGUUUCACCCCAAAGGGCUCCUCUCUUAAGAUAGAAGAACGCGCAGAGUUCUUGAACAAAUCUGCCCAGAAGAGUGGCAUGAAACCCACUCACACAAGCCCCGUGGUCUCCAAGAUAGACAGCAGACUGGAGCAAUAUACUAGUGCAAUUGAGGGCAUGAAGGCCACGAAGACUGCCAAGCCAGCAGCCUCUGACCUCCCCGUUCCUGCGGAGGGAGUGCGUAACAUCAAGAGCAUGUGGGAGAAAGGAAACGUCUUCACAUCACCCUCUGGCACAGGAAUGCCCAACAAGGAAACUGCGGGGCUAAAGGUUGGUGUCUCCAGUCGUAUCAAUGAAUGGUUAACUAAGACUCCAGAAAACAACAAAUCACCUGCUCCAAAACCUUCAGACUUAAGACCUGGAGACGUAUCCGGCAAACGCAACCUCUGGGAGAAGCAGUCAGUUGACAAGGUCACUUCUCCAACAAAGGUAACAGCAGCAGGGAAAAAGUCAGAGACCAAUGCAGGUUUGAGACAAUUUGACAAGGAGCCUUAAGGAAGCCACGCACAAUGCUGGACCAACUUGGUUUCAAAAACGGAAGUGCUAAAUUUGUCCUUUCUUUUUAUAUAUAUUUAUGUUUUGGUAAACAAAGGCCUUUUUUUGGUUGGAGGUUUUUUUUGUUUUUGUUUUUGCAUUAUCCCAGUUAAAACCAUGUAUAUUAGCACUGUAUUUAAUAACCAGUCUUGAAACAUUCAACCGCAAAUAGUAGUGCCUUUGCACAAGGAGAGCCUUAUUGCUAAAAGAAACCCAUGCUGUGAAAUAGACACUUCUACUGACGAGUUCUAGCAAACUGUAUGUCCGACCAAGCCAAGUUCAACCCACAGAAGAGGAGCACUAUCUGCUGCAUGCACCUCUCAAGCAUGUCCCAUUGCAAGUCGAUCAGGAGUGCACACAAGCAGUCACGAAAACAUCCAAUAAGUGCUUUUUAAGGGAGGAGUCCAAAUGUAGAUGAUUAUGGCACAACCCCCAUGAGAUCAUCCUGUACUAGCCCAUUAUAGCAGACAGGAGCACAGCCUGAUUCAUAGAUGAUACGUGGCAACGCUGCAUUUGCCAUGGGGAAGGAUUGGUGUGCAUCCCUCCCUCCAACCUUAUGCUCAAAGGAGGCACUUCACACUGAUGCCCUGUCUUGCAGCUACCUGUUCCACAUGGCACCUCGCCCCCAAACUUAAAAAUAAAAAAUGGGGGAAGAAUCUGUGUGAAUCAAACACUUGCAUGUUCAGGCAUAAAUGUGGAUGGUGCCACGUUUCCUGCACUGAGCAGGAGGGUUGGACAAGCCAGCUCCUCCACUCCAUGAAAGGCAUGCCAUGGUGGAGAAGGAAGGGAACAGGGCACCAUAAAUCCUCCACAAAUAGCCUCCGGUGAAUCCAUCGCUGCUAAGAGUUGGGGUAGAAAAGACUAGAGCAUGAACUGAGGAUAAGGACUCUGCUGGUUUGAAUCAUGUCUCUGCCAUCAGUUGGUCUCAAGCAACCCACCCAUCAUCACAGCCUCAGCCCCACCAUCUGCAAAAUGGGGAUAAUACUACUUACCUUACUUGGGUCCCCAAUGGACGUUGGACUACAACUCCUAUCAUUCCCAGUGGCCAUUGUGGCUGGGGAUGAUGGGAGUUGUAGUCCAACAUCAGUUGUGCAGUGGUGUGCACGAACAGUUCGCACCAAACUGGUCCACCCCAAACUGGGCUCGUUCAAGCGGCUCAACUGCAAACUGGACUGGCCUUCAGGAAGACGAUUUGGUUCGUGAUCGAACUGAACCGAGCCCAGUCUGUAGCGUACCAGUUUGCCAUGGUUCUAUGGGCUAUGCUUUGUAAAGGGAAUCCUUGAAAAGCCUUCUAAAGGGUGGCCGGGGCGUCUUGGCAGUGGCACAGGUCCAGAAGUGACCUGGUCUCCAUGCAUGCACUACUUUCAGAAGGUGCCCGCUUGCUGCCCACCCAACCACCCCACUUUAGAAGCCUUUUCAAGGAUUCCUGUUUGCUCGUAAAAGGCGAAUCCUCACUGGAUUCCCGUUUACAAGCAUAGCCCUUUGAACUGCUGAAGUGGUUAGAGCUGGUUCUGUUGAAGGGAAAGGGCCAGCUGGUCAGUUUGACUGAACCAGUUCACUGACCAAACUACAAAAAAUGGUCCAUGCACACCCCUACAGCUGGGUGCCCAAGUUUCAGAACCUCUGUCUUACAAGGUUGUUGCAAGGAUAAGACGACAACACAUGAGAAGUGCUUUGAACACGUGAAAGCGCCAUACAAAUGUUGUUAAACACCGUUCGCUUCAAUGAGACUUGAAUGAGAGACGCUCCAAGGUGGAAUAGGCCCUGUUAUGCUUUCUUUUGGCACUUUAGACUGAGGUAUGGAAGAAAUAUCUCCAGCUGACAAUUUUUUUUUUAAUAUACUUUGCCCAUGUCAAAUCCACAUCAAUAACGUGAAACAGGUUUUAUACUUUUAAGUCUUUCCCCCCUGUAUUUAGUUUAAGUUAAUAACCUGAAUUUGGAUGACUGCGAUUGACAGCGGUACUGAUAUUUGUCUCUCUCUCUCUCCCUGGUUUUUUGUUGUUGUUAGUUGCAAUUUUAGGAUAUAUACAUAUGGCUUUACAAAAUUUAGCUGUAAGGCACUACUAAUGAUAGAAGGCUUUUAAUACCUGCUAGAGUACUAUAUUUAGUUAUAAACUUACAUAACUAGCCAAUAUCACAACUUUUUUAAAAAAAAACUCACACUUUUUAUAUUAAGAUUUCAUAAUUGCCAUUAGACAUAUGGCAAGAGAAGUAUUAGAAUUUUUUUUAAAAAAAAUCAGAUGCCUGUUAAUGGGUAAUUAAAAUUAUAGUUUUAAAGAGGGAGGGGGGAAAAGGGGUAUUAAGCGUCAAACAUAGGUCACUUGUAUAAAACUAUGUAGCUAAUUUAUAUAAAAACUACCACAAUUAACACACAGAAGACAAGCAUGCACUCUGUUGGUGGCACUUCUUUCUAGAUUGCUGUAUGCCAAGUUUGCCCUUUUAUUAAGUCUAUAUGCAUUGGACAGAACCUCCCUUUUAAAUCCAAAAAGAAAAACACUCUAUGGGCACAAACUCUCUAGCCUUAGGUGCAGCUCUGUGCACAGAAAGGGGGUGAGCAGUGGACUCCAUGGCACACCUUUUCCUCCCUUCCCCUUGGCCCUCGGUUGUACAUCGAUUGCAGCGCAAAGGCCAAUAUGCUGAAGGGGAGACCUAUGCACACCUUCCACAUUCGGUCAUCCCCAGGUCCCAGCAUAGAGUUAGCUGUGCUGUGGAACACAUGUGGGUUUACGUGACAGCUACACUUGGGAGAUGGAGGAAAGAGGUCACUCCUGGGUCUUGUGCCACUCGCCUUCCAUGAGCACAGCUACGUCCACACAGGGGAGAGAAGAGCGGGGUGCCUCACACCCUCUUCCUAACCCCCUUCACCCCAAGUUCUUGUUUACAGCCAUAUUCUUCCAUUUGUACAUAGCAACCACAAGGGUAACAAAAAGAAGUUAGGUUGGUUUGAAUUUACCCAUUAGCAUUGUCACUGCAAAGGGCGUAGACGGAUUAAGACAGGCAGCUCCGUUUUCAGAUUGUAUAGCCCACCCUACAAUGCAGUUAUGGCUGGAGAAGGAGGAUUCUUUUGUUACGGCAUCAUGAUUUCGCUGUAUCUAUCUGUCCAAUCUUUUUUUUGUAUUUUAUUUUAAAGGGCAGGUGGUAUAGCACUAUCCAAAGGACUCCGCCUCUGCUUUCCUGAACCCUCUUGUUUACACAAUGAAACUCUCUUGGGCGUUUAGAAUGGCGUGAAAUCGGGCAAAGAGUAACUUUGGAGCUGCCUGUUUUUGUUGUUUGGGUUGGUUUGUUUUUUUUAAUACACUUUUUGAAGCCUUUACAUCCACAUAUCUGCAAUAAACCAGUAUGCUGAAUCUGCAAUCACAAUAAAUGGAAUAUGUCUACCAGG